GACCACCGCUGGCGCGUCUAGCACCUCCUACGCUUUGGGAUCCGGAUCUACCGUUUUCACGGGAGAUGGGACCACUACGAUCGCCGGUGUGACGACGAGCCCCUUGGUUGUGAACGAUGAAACUGAUGGCAUUGGAGGUUGUUCUGGUGCUGCGGAAGUAGGGGGAAACAAAAAACUCCUGCCAAAGCUGACUUGCUCUGGCGAUGUUGAUCUUAAGAACUCCGAUGGCGCGACGAAGAUGUUGAUUCCUUUGAAAGAUGGCCCUGAUGAUACUCUCGUCCUCCCCGCACAGAACCAGCAAAACCAGACGGGGAUCAUUUCUACUACUUCCCGAAGCGGCGAGCAACAAGCUGGCUUGACGCAAAACGUUAACCAGCAAAAAGACAACGAAGACGCGCAGUCGCAGAACAACCUUCCGCCGGAGGGGUCGAUUUCGUCCAGUAAUCGCUCGGGGUCCCAUGCGACGUCCUCUAAAAACAGCAAGCAACUGAAGCCGGCCUUGCUCAACAUGCGCGCCGCGUUUCAGUGGCUAGACGUUGGGUUCCAAGCGGCCCCGGGGGCGGGGGCGCAGGAUAUUGCAGGUGGAAAUAAAGCAGGAGCAACCUCGAACAACAAUUUCGAUCUUCAGUCGCGCUCCGGCGCUUCCUCGGAGCAGGUGGGUGGGACAAACGAGAAUAAUAGCAGUAACGUCGACGCCCUCACAAGUUCCGACAAGACGAGCAACGAUCUGACUUCCGGCUCCCGCAUGGAGGCUGCAGGAGGACCAGGCGCUCCUUCUUCUGUCUGCUCCGACGACCUGUUUAUUUCGAACCAGAGCACCAGCAGCCGCGGACUCACCGGCACGAACAAGGUUUCAGGCACCUACGGAGACCUGGACAGUUGCGAGAACAUGAGUUCGAUUUCCAGCAGCUAUGCGCGCAGUUCCGACUUCGGCACCGACGCGGCUACUUCCAGAGGUGCAGGACCUCGCGGCAAAAAUAAAGAUCAGCCUUCGCCAAACAACUACGGGGACCACCGGGUGGGACAUCUACAAGGCAGCGGCGCAGGACUUUCUUUCCUCUAUCCGCCCUCGUCGGCCUUUCCGUCGCCGAGCCGGGCCUUCUCGCCGCAGCUGAUGCUCCAGAAUCUGCCGCGGAACCUGACGCGCGAAGAUCUGCGCCGCCUGGUCCGGUACUUCAACCUCUGCCGCGUGGAGAAG